CACACACACACACACUCCAGAUCUCAAUCUCCUCUCCUGCACUAAACAUGCUCUGUUGGGAAUUGUGUUUAGCCCUACUGAUCACCGGCUUCCCAGUGUGGGCUCUGCCUUCAACAAACAUCAAGAUCACACAAGCACUGCCCCUGCAACUGUCAGACUCAAACCAGCCUGUGACAUGUCCGCUCUUCUGGACUGAAUUUGAGGGUUACUGUUACCGCUUCUUCCCCUUGAACCGCACCUGGGCUGAGGCAGAUCUGUACUGCGCUGAGUUCUCAAACGGACACAAAUCUGCCAAACUCACCUCCAUCCACAGCUGGGAGGAAAAUGUGUUUGUCUAUGAUCUUGUGAACAGCCGUGUACCAGGAAUUCCAACAGAUAUUUGGAUUGGCCUUCAUGAUAGAAGACAGGAGGGCACUAUGGAGUGGACAGACGGGUCACCCUAUGAAUACAGUUACUGGGAUGGAAAUCAACCAGAUGAUGGCAUCCAUCGCAUCCCUCAGGAGGAGGAUUGUGUGGAGAUCUGGUACAGACAAAACAGUGCACUGAGGUCUUGGAAUGACAACAAUUGUGACAAGGCCUUUCCAUUCGUCUUGCAGCAACAAGAUGUCCGCUCAUCUCCAUCCCUGCAGUGAUGAAGGGCUCUCUCCAGCCUGCUAUAGGCACUUCAUUUGCAUUUCUCUCCCCUUCACUCCAAUUCCCUGCCUCCAUCGUCCUCCUAUCACUGUUGUAUAUAUGUGUAGAUAUGCAGUUCCUACUGCGAAUUAUUCA